CCCCCAGACGCGAAAACUAUAGACGGUCGUUCAUUCCACUAUCUGACUCUACUGGCAGUAACACUCCAAAUGUGGUUUAUCCUACGAGACAACCUCUUGGACCUUCGCUCGACAACAACUUUGCUUCACGAAUUCCUCCUGUGACACGUAAAAUGUCUCAGCUAAAUCUUGACGCACCAUCGUUUGAACCCGCUGGCCUGAUUUAAAUACCUGCGCUAUUUACCUUUCUUUUUUGCGAUACCAUUUUCCAGUCGACCCACUUCCGGUUCUUCAUUUUUCCGCAUAAAAAAAAUCCCUCCUCCCAUGGAAAAGACACGAAACGCAUCUCGUAUUCAUAUAGGCAUAGAAGAACUCAUUUUUGUACUGUUGAAAGUUUUGACUCUGUACCGAUUGAAUAUUAUAAAAGUUUUGGGACCGGCAGCACAAAGCAGCCAUAAAUUCGCUGGCGGUCGGCUCUCCAUUGCCCAACUUUCCCAAAUUGUUAUAAUACGACUGUACUCCGACUGUGCACUCCAUUCGUUCAUUGCCCAGAUGAGUUCAUUCAGAAGUGGCUACACAUUCGGUUCUGCUGACAAUGCACAUAGUCCGAGACUGUCAAACAGUCCAACUGCAGUAUGGGACAGUGCUCUAUCUACAGAAGACAAGAAAGCAUACGCGCAGUUCUUCAAAUUUGCUGAUGAAGACAACAAGGGGUUCGUUACAGGCGACGAAGCUGUGAGGUUCUUUGCGAGAUCUGGAGUUCCUAAUCAGAUCCUAGCUGAGAUAUGGGAGGCGGUUGACAAAGACAAUAGCGGUAUCCUCACUCAGGAAUCAUUUUCUAUGGCAUUGAAACUUAUUGCAUGUGCACAGCAUGGAUAUGCGCCAUCGUCACCAUUAUUGACUACCUCCACUCCUCUCCCACAAUUUGAUGGUGUUACGAUCACGAAUUCUCCACGUUUAGCAUCGCCUUUUCGAACCAGCAGUGAGGACGUUCGUGGUACUACUGGAGAGAUUUCUGCAGCCGCAAGAGAAAAGUACUCCAAAAUGUUUCUCAUGGCUCAUCCAGUCAAUGGAGUUCUUGAUGCAGACAGUGCACGCAAUAUUUUUAUGAAAUCAAACUUAUCGGUGGAUCAACUCGCUCAGAUUUGGAACCUGGCAGAUGUUCGUCAUUCUGGUACUUUGAAUCAAGCAGAGUUUGUUAUUGCUAUGUAUUAUAUUGCUGGAACUAUGGAUGGUAGCAUUACCAGUUUACCAUCGUCUUUGCCUCCGGCUAUCUACAAUUCUGCUGCUGGAAGAUCAACACCGACAUCGCCCGUCACUCGACAAUUUUCUGGAGAUAGAUCUCUGUCACCUUCCUUCGGGCAUCGGUUUCCCUCCAGUUCUCCUUCUCUCCAGAAACAAGCCAUAAACCGACAAUUUACCGGCUCACCUCUCCAAGCGCAAGCCAGUCUGUCCAUUGCCUCUGCAUUUACCGCACCGACUGCAGUGAAUACCCAUUGGGACGUGACAGACCAGGAAAAGCAAAAGUUCGAUAACUUUUUUGAUAAAAUCGAUACCAGAGGAACCGGUUUCAUACAAGGAAAUGAUGCCGUUGAGUUUUUUCAGAAUUCUCGUUUGCCUGAAGGAGAUUUGGCACAAAUCUGGGACUUGGCCGAUACUCAACAGCGCGGUAAACUUUCACGGGAAGAGUUUGCAGUUGCAAUGCAUUUAAUUCAUAAGCGUAUCGGUGGUCAGCCGAUACCACGCCAACUGCCCAUUACUUUAACGCCACCCAGUUUACGUCCUGCGUCACAAGCUACACCAACUUUUGGAAGUAGCAGUCUCGCGAACGUUCCUAGUCCUGCCUUUUCAAGCUCUGUUUUACCCAAACCACAGGUAGCCUCCAAAUCGCUUAUGGACGAUGCUGAUCUAUUGGGUGACUUCGACAACAACACACAGAUCACAGCGGACACGAAUCAGGUCAACCAACUUCAAAACCAAAUCUCAGAUACCAUCUCAUCUACAAGUAAUAUCAGAAAUCAAAAGUUAUCCAUUGAAGAAACUCUUGCACAACUCCAAAAGCAGAAGCAGGAAUAUUCGGCGCGGCUGGCACAAGUACAGCUAGCAUUCAACCAAGAAAAUGGGGAUUUACAGAAACUCCAAGAGACUUUAAGUAAUGAGGAACCUGACCUGCAAAGGAUUAGGCAAGAAGCUGAGGCAGCAGAGGCUAACCUAAAUUUGUUGAGGAAUCAAAAGCAAGAUAUGGAGCGUAAGAUCCACGACGGUCGCAUAGAAUCUGAGCAAUUGCGUCGCAGAGUGACUGAAAUCCAGGAAGAGACAAAACUACUCAAACUGGAGAUCCAAAAUUUGCAAACAAGCUCCAGAAAGCAAGAUAUGAUGCUUGAUGUCAACAGAAGACAGGUCACAGCUGCUGAUAUGGACAAAUCGGCCGCCACACGAGAACUGAACGAGAUUCGAGAGGAGCAUGGUUUAGCGCCUAGGGAUCCUACAGACUUCCCUAACAUCAGCAAGACUCAACCAUCGCAUGAGCCCGAGAAAGGCGAAGAUGAACACACUGUAGCGGAGAAGAGUCCAAUGUCAUUUGGCAGCAGACCACCUACCGCGCAAUCGUUCAAUCAAAUGUUUGGAUCCGCUUUUCCAGCUAGAGGUGAAUCGGUCACCUCUCCUGCCAUGACCAUGAACAGCUUUGAUGCCGCAUUUGAAGAGUUGGCAUCUCCCACCAUGAACACGUCGCUACCUAAAGAGAGACCUUAUAGUCCUUUUGCAUCCAUGACGACCACUCUACCUCUUGUUGAUGGAAAUGUUAACCAGACUCAAGCACAACCUUCGACCGAAGAUCCAUUUGCUCCUGGAAUGGGCCAACAGAAACCAAUUACCUCCUUUGAUGACGCUUUUGGAGAUUUUGAAGAGACCAAUGAUGAUGUUGCUGCCCCACCUCAGGAAGAAGCUCCCAAACCUUCAUCUUCAGCAUUUGAUGACAGCUUCUUAAGCAAAAGAGGAACUGAUCUUGCUAUUCAAGACGAAGAUGAUAGCUCUGACGAUGAAGAAGUUCUAAGCAAGGUUCAAGCAAAAAUGGUCAGCAGCCCUAAUACCAAUACCGCCAAUAUUGGAUCUGCUGCACCUCCUGUAGCAGAGCCAGAGGCUCCCAAGCAGUCUGGAUUCGAUGAUUUCGAUGAGGCUUUCAACGGCAAACUCGGUGAGGCGCAAGUCGCUCCUACAUCGGGAGCCAAAGACUUCGACCAAGCUUUUAGCACCACGUUUGACGAAUUUGAUGACUCAUUUGAAAAACCUCACCAGGCCGAUGAAGUAAAGUCUACAAACAUUAAUGAAAAAGGAAAAUUCGGCGCCUUUGAUUUUAGCGAUUUUGAGGAAAAACUGGAUGCUAGCUCUGGCACUGGCCAUGUACAAGACGAUCUCGAUUCUCUGUUCGGUUCACCAAGUAUCCCUGCAGGACAAAGCAACGUCAAUCCAUCUGCUCAAUCGCUAUCUUUUGAAGAUGCAUUUGGAGCAUUUGAUGCUCCUCCCACGAAAACAACCAACGAUGCAUCAGCAGCUCAAGAGCCAAGUUCUGCACCUAAUGCAGAAUCUAGCGCCGUACAGGUCCAGCCAGAUGAUAAAGAGGAAAUCAAGCAAUUGGUUGGCAUGGGAUUCAGUAGAGCACAGGCUGUCGACGCCUUGCGUCGCUAUGAUAACGAUUUGGAAAAAGCAACCAACUUCCUGCUGGACAACUAAUGUGUCCAAUUUUGUACGGGAAAUAGUAGAUUGUUUUAUUUUUUAAAGAAUAAUGUAAUGAAUUUUUGGUUGCGAGUUGAAUGAAAAUCAAAUAUGUUGCCAUAUGGAGUUGUCGCUAGACAUAUUGUACAGUGGUAAUUGGUGUGAUGAGCAGGAGUUGGUCGCUUUAUGACUACUUUUCCUUAUUUACGUCUUGGUGCAUGCUUCGAUACCGUUCAACGGCUUCCAUUUCUUCUUGUAAUUUCUUGGCUCUGGAUUUUGCUUCUGAUGCCGCCAGCAUUUGAUAAUAGUUGGACUGAAUGAGUACUACUUCCAUGCCAGCACCGAGAAUGGCUCCAAUACCGAAGAUCUUUGCAUAGUAUUGAGCAGACAUUUUUGUAAUUGAAGCUAGCCGGCAAAAACUUGUUUGUUGUUUGACGUGUUGAGUCGUGAAUUGACCGGUCUU